AUGAGUAAUAUUAGCCAAGAUGAUGAAUAUGAUGAAGAAUAUUAAAUGGACGAUUAUGACUAAGAUUCAAAUCUCAUCUACAGUCUUCAAAUUCUGAAAAGAAGUUCAUCUACAAAGUUUUAAUCAUUAUAUUUUAGUUAGGAAAUUCUAGAGUUGAAAGAUGUAUUGAACUAUAUAGAUUAAUUAAUAACUAAUAUUGGAGAGCUAUUAAAUUUGGAUGCAGAUAAUACAUAUGAAGUAUCAAUAUUUUUAAAUGUAGAUUCUAAUUUUUUAUAAUUGGAACAAAGAUCGUAUUGAAAGUGAAUAUCAUGAAAAGAUUCUGGAAUAAUUAUAAAAAUAAGGAAUAGUUAAUAAUCAUUCUGCAAUAUGUUAAAUAGAUAAAAUCAUGACCUGUUCAUUAUGUCUAGAAGAUGCUAAAUUAGUUAAGUUAGGAUGUGGACAUUAAUUUUGUAUGAGCUGCAUUUAAUAAACUAUUGCAUAAAGAUUUACAAAAGAAUAAUUUUUGAUUAUUCCUUGUUUAUAAUAUGGUUGUAAAUAUAGAUUACCAAUUUCAAUGAUAAAGAAAUUAUCUAAACCUGAUGAUUUUUAAAAAAUAGUUUGUAGAAAAUUUAUUGAAACAAAUAAAACACUUGCAUAUUGUUAAGGAGUUAAUUGCAAGAAAAUAUUAAAGCCAAAAGAUUCAUCAUUAACAACUGUCACAUGCCCUUGUGGUACUCAAUUUUGUUUUAGAUGCAAAAAUGAAUUACAUAUACCAGUUCCUUGUGAUAUGGCUAAAACAUGGGUCUCUGAAAUCACAAAAAAUGAAGCCAAUAUAAAAUGGAUUGUACUCAAUACAAAAAUAUGUCCUUUUUGUAAAAGACCUGUUGAACGAUCAGAUGGAUGUAAUUACUUAAUGUGUAAACCUCCAGGAGGUUGUGGAUAAGCAUUCUGUUAUGUUUGUAGUAAUCCUUGGGAACCAGAUCAUAAAGAUCAUUUUAAAUGCAGCAAAUAUGUUCCUCCUGCAAAUAAUUUAGAAAAAGAAAAAGAAAUCCUAGCUAGAUAUAAUUUUUAUUAUGAAAGAUUUUUGAAUUCGAAUUCUGCAGUUGAAUAAACAUAAAAUAGAUUGAAAUAAUUAAAAGAAAAGCAUUAUUAAGAAAUAUAAGAAAUUUAUGAAGUUACUUCUCUUCAAGCAGGAUUUUUGGAAGAAGCACUAAAUGAAUUAGUGAAAUCUAGAUAAAUUUUAAAAUGGUAUUCAAUUAAUUCUAUUAUUAAGGACAUAUUGUCUAGGAUUCUUUAUAUCAUAAACUAACCCUAAUUCAUCCAAAUUAUUUGAUAAUUAUUAAAAAGAGUUUGAACAUUCUUGUGAAUAACUAGGAAUAUUGUGCAUGCAAUUUUUUAAUGAAUUAGAGAAAUUGUAAAAUUAAUAUACAAGGCAAUAAACUACAUUAGAAUAAAGAUAAUGUGAUUUUUAAGAAAAAAAAGAUAAAAUCUAAAAGUUAUAGAACAAAUGCCAAUUAUUAAGAGAAAACUUAUUGAAAGAUAGCUAAAAUGGAGAAAUUAUGAAUUGA